AUGGCGGCGGCGAAGAAGGCGGAUCGCGACGAGCGCCAGGCGAAGUCGGCGGCGAGGAAGGCGGAGAGGGCGGAGAAGGCCGCGAGGAGGGCGGAGAGGAAGAAAAACGGCGCCAGCCCAUCGACGAUCAUCCUCUCCUCCUCCUCCUUCGAGUGGACAUCCAUUCCGGAAGACGAUGAAAAGGCCUUGCAACAUGAUCGGCUUAGCAAUUUGCCUGAUGACGUGUUGCUCAGUAUCAUAGAGCGACUUGAUGCUGCAGACGCCAUGAAAACCAGCAUCCUCUCCAGACGGUGGAAGCAGAUCCCGACUAUGCUCUCCAAAAUUCUUAUAAUGGUUGGUUCUGCAGACAACAUGCAAGAGAGGACCUGUGAUGUUGCUCGGGCCAAUGCAACCAUGCUUGGAGCAACCCGUAGCCUUCUGGAAAGCAGGAGUACAAGUCCAUACACCAUCCACCGCCUGUGCAUGCAAUUCUUCUUGGGAGAUGGAUCCAUUAAAUUUGGCCCGAUUGUUUCCAAAACCAUAGCAACACAUGUGGUUUCCUUUGCUGAGUUCACAAUUUUGACAGAGAAGGAUUAUGAACGCUGCAACCCUGUCGAUAUGCUUGCUUACGGGUGGCAGCUAAAGUUAUUCAUUUCUACUUGUCGGAACGCAUUCGCUUGUCUUGUACGACUCAAGCUAGAAAAUUUGAGACUAGGUGAAUCAGAUUUCCCUACCAUUCUCAAAUUGUGCAAACAACUGGGGUUCCUCCGCUUGGACAACUGUGAUAUGGGGCUUCGGUCCUUGCUAGCAGUCGAACACCCGCUACUCCGUGAGCUUGAGAUUAUCAGGAGUGAGUUUGAGAGGGUUGAUCUGAACUGUCUGCCAGAGCUCACAACACUGACCUUUUCUUAUUGGAAUUCUCUGCAUGAUCCUUUGUCUUUCGGCUAUGUCCCACUGCUCCACACCGUGAGCAUCAGUAAUACGGCUCUUUCAUGGCACAAGAUGCUCAAGUUAAGUGAAUUUCUUGGCAAAGCCACUGUAAGCAACCUGCAUCUUGGCUUUGAAAGCGAAAAGAUUUGGGCUAAACCUGAAGAUUCUACAGAAUUGUCCGAAGUGUUCAGCAAACUAAGGCUUGUCAAUUUGGCUGCUAUUUCUGAAGAAUGUGACCUGACUUGGACCUUGUUUGUUCUGCAAGGUGCACCUUCCCUUGAGGAGUUAUGCAUCAGGGUUUGCGAUUGUUUGGGGAUAUGGGAUGAGGAAGAGAGGAAGAAGCUUGGAUAUAGCGAGGAGAGGAAGGAUGCAGAUGCAAAAUGGGAAGCAUCUUAUUUCAAGCACCGCAAACUUUCUGUGCUCAGGAUCUUUGGGUUCCAAUCAGAAGACAAGUUUGUGGAUUAUAUCACAACUGUCAUGAAAGCAGCAGUCAAUCUGAAGGAGAUCUACCUGCAUGAGAAGCCAGCAUGUGAGGAGAAGUGUGAAUACCGCCGCCAGCGAGGUGACAGGUUCCCGAAGUCAAGGAAGCAGAAGAUCUUGGUUAGGAACAGCUUGGAUAUGCAUAUGCGCCCGCUAUUAAAGCUUCACUUCCGAUUUUAAGAACUUAUAUGCAUUUUUGCUUCUGCUGGAUAACCAGGAAACAUGC